CUAGUCUCGACAGGGUCAAAUAUGUACAAUAUGUGUGUGUGGUAGAUGUCAAUGUCAUACCAUUUUGAUCGAGGUUGGAAAGCUAUACCACCUUUCCACUCCUCCCAGCUAUCCCUCUGCCAGCAUGGGCCUCUAUCAUCGACUGGCACAGGAACGGAACUUCAAUUUCCACCACAAACCUUUGGGAAAUAGAUUCCCACGAUGCUUACAGACCCCUCACUGGACUCUUGCGCCAUACCUCAACAGUCGGCCCACGGCAUCUACAAAUCUCCACUCGUUCCGCCAUCUCACAAAUUGGAAAACAUGUUUAUUCCGCAUCUCCCCCGCACCUGAAAUCCAAAGAUUACCCCACAAGUUACCCGACAUCGGUAAAUUCAAUGCAGCGCAUCUCGAAGAUUAAAACAAAUGAUCUUCCUCAUUACAAUCUCUGUGAGUUUACUAUUGAUGCAUUCUAGCCCAAGGUGAUCAAAAACCUACCGCGCAACCUCUGUAACAACACCCUCCCGUUCCUACGCGAAGAAUUCCCGUUGGACUACCUCCAUCAUGCGUCUCAACUACACCUCCAACCCUCCCGCCAAUCUAUCAGAAGAGGACCAACAGGUCUUGGAACGAGUCAAAGCUCGUCGAGGCGCCAUGGGUCUGAUUUCUUUGGAUUUGACUUUACUCCACGCUCCCAAGAUUGCAGAUGGGUUCAAUGCCCUCUUGGGCGCAGUCCGCACAAAGAACUCUCUCCCAGAAGAUAUUCGCGAGAUUGCCAUUUACCGACCUGCUUUGAUCAAUGAAGCCUGGUUUGAGGUGAACGCACACGGCCCCAUUCUUCUCAAAGCCCCUGGUUUCACACAGGAGAAGUUGGGCGUUGUUCAGCAGCUACAUCCCAAGUCAAAGGGGGCUCUUGAUGAUCGCCAGUGGGCAGUCCUACGAUUUGCUGAUGCUAUGACAAGAGAAGUCAAAGUCCCACAGAGUCUCUUCGAUGAGGUCAAGGCUGCAGGGUUUUCCGAGCAGGAAAUCGUCGAGCUUACGGCUACGGUUGCAAGUUAUAAUUUGGUGAGCCGGUUCUUAGUUGCUUUGGACGUCGGCGAACAAAAUUCAAAGAUUCCUGAAUGGGCGGGGAAAUAGAUGGAUCGUUUGAAAAGCUCAGUUGAGCGAUAUUCCAUGCAUAUAUAACUGCAUGUCUCGAAUAGACAUCCAAUUAAGCUAUACGACCAGGGAGCCGGUCUCAGCGGACUCGCAUCCUCGUUCGUGUCAUUGCACUGCCACUUUGGG